AUGUCAAAUUUUGAUAUAAUACCGAAUUCUCAUCAUCCACUUAUUGUUAAUAAUGGUGAUGAUGAUGAUCUUUUUAUAAUUACAAAUAAUCCUCGAAAAACAAAUCCACUUAAAAAAUUAAUCUUAAUACUUGCUGUAUGUACAGUAUCAAUCCUUAUUUUAAUAUCGAUUGCGGCUAAACUAAUAGUCAUAUUCAAACAAAGAUCCAUGAAUUCUAGAACAAAUCAGAAUUUGACAUCAACUACUACAUUUACAAUUCCAACAACAAAAAAGCCAAUAUUAUCAUCAACAAAAGGUUAA